CUCCCCGGCUGCGCCCAGGCGGGUACGGGCGCGCGGGCUCAGCAGCUGCGAACCGCCGACGCACCACCUGUUUCCGCGCCCGGGGACUUCCCCUGGCGGGGCUCAGAAGUGUGGGGUGGGUCGCUUGGCCUCCUCUGGCGUCAGCGACCCAGGGUAACCUCCUCCACUGCCGCCCGCCGUGCAGGCCUGCCUGUGGGAGAGCCACGUGUGCCGCGCUCUGGGCAUGGCCUUGGAAAGUCAGGACUGCGACGGCAGCAGAGCAAUCUGCAGACAGGACCUGAAAUUUCUGACGCAGAUCUGGGCCCAGCCCCUCAUCAACCUGCAGAUGGUGAACGCAUCUCUGAACGAGCACGUGGAGCGGAUGCACCUCAUUAGAAGGAGUUGGGAGCAGCUGAAGCUCCUGGGGGAUUACCUGGGCCUGUGCCGGAGCGGCGCCCUGAAGGAGCUCAGCAAGAGGCUCAACCACAGGGAUUAUCUCUUGGAGUCUCCGCAUAGGUUCAGUGUUGCUGACCUCCAGCAGAUUGCAGACGGGGUGUAUGAAGGAUUCCUCAAGACCCUGAUCGAAUUUGCCUCCCAGCACGUCUACCACUGCGACCUGUGCACCCAGCGCGGCUUCAUCUGCCAGAUCUGCCGGCACCACGACAUCAUCUUCCCCUUUGAGUUUGACACCACAGUCAGGUGUGCCGAGUGCAAGACCAUCUUCCACCAGAGCUGCCAGGCUGUGGUGAAGAAGGGCUGCCCCCGCUGUGCCCGCCGGCGCAAGUACCAGGAACAGAACGUUUUCGCCUGAUGCCCAUCUGCUGACCCCGUUCUGAAGGCCGGGGGUUGGCGAAGGAGCUGUAGCCGGGUCCACGUCUUAUCCAGCCCGAGACACUGCGCUCCGUUGGGCGUCCCUGCGCUGGGAAUCCCGCUCGGAGUUUUUCCAGGCCCGGUCGGGCUGGAAAGGCCCCGGUGGGGGAGGUGGACCCGGAGCGGCGGGUCUGCAAUCCGGUUGGAAGGACUCGAAGUGGGUGAUUCAGGGUGCG